AUGUCAUUUGGCGGCUUCCUUGCGGUCGUUAUAUCGUUACUGGCGUUAGUGAUAUUAGUAAUCACCUUUCCAAAACCCGGAAAAGUUCCCCCUCAAGCACCAUCAGAUAGUACUGGUCUACCAACAUGGCAUGGACCAACAGACUUCGACUACAAUAGACGAUACUCGAUAUUCACGUUCUCUCUUGUCCUACAGACAUUUGCGGCAAUCUACGCGUUCAAAUGGACAAAUAACGCUGCAAAUCUUCCACGAAAAAUUGCAUCGUAUUUCAGUGACGGCACUACUUCGGUACCAACCACCACUUAUAAUCGGUUACUCGCAUUCUAUUCAUUGUUUACGGCUCUUGCCGCACUAGCUCUUUUAGCAUUCGAUAUCGGGAAAUUAUGGGAAGCAUUCGGUCUCUGGCAUAAUUUGUGGGAAGUGGCGAUUGUGGCAUUAUUGAGUCAAGGCGGGAAAAUGAAGAGUGUGACGCGUUAUGUACUUGGACUUGGAAUUUAUUUUAUUGGUGUUAAUUCCAUCAUUUUAUUCGUGGAUUGGCCUUUUGAUGCAGUAUUUUUCAAAUUUCAAGGUCUUAUUGUCGACUUUGCUCUAUUCAUUAUCUACACGCGUAUCUAUUUAAACACACGUAAGCACGUCAGAGAAGAAUCUGGUGAACAUCUCCCAUUAAUCAGUGAGAGAAAUGAAAACGACAGUGGAAGCAAUGAACCAACAAGACCCUUAUUAAUCGAUCACCCUAAACAAUUAUUACUUUUGGUUGCUGCUUCUCUUGUACAUGUAUUUGGUAACUUGUCGAACACAUUUAAGCCCGAAAGUGCUUCUGCCGACUUGUUAUUCCACAUCUCAUACACGAUAACAUUCCCACUCUAUGUCUUAUACGUCUACUUGGAUACACACGGCGCUAGCGUGCUACCCCAGAAACGAAUUUACUUGCCAGCACCUGCCGCAUGGAAAACUGCCGUCAUUAUUAUUUGGUCAACUUUCCUCUCGUUGUUGUCGAUUAGAAUUUUGUUGUCCAGUCUCGGAGGAAAGGAUAAAAAUGAAUAA